AUGUUCGGAAAAGCUACUAUCACCUCCGCUUUCCUCGCCGCCGUCGUAGCAGGACUGCCAACGGCCGAGAGCAACGACGUUUAUGCCAGGGCUGCUGAUCGCUACACUUUUUACCAAGGCGACGGUUCAACUGGAGCCGGCUGGCCAUCCCAGAAUGCUUGGGGCUCUUGGGACGAACUCUGGAACGCCAACCUGCCUCUUAUGCGACAGUCUUGCGGUUGGAAUGGCUGGGGGGCAGACAACUCUGGCGACGAAAUCAACUCCAUCAACUCUGCAAUCCAGCAACUUGCUAGCCAGACGGGCGUUGAUAGACGCUUUAUCCUCGCGAUUAUGAUGCAGGAAAGCAAGGGCUGCGUCCGUGUUCCUACCACUAACAAUGGUGUCACGAACCCUGGCUUGAUGCAAUCCCAUAAUGGCUCUGGCACUUGUGCAUGGACCAACCCUUGCCCUUCAUGGCAGGUUACUCAAAUGAUUAGCGACGGUACUGCUGGAACUUCAUCUGGAGCGGGCCUCCAGCAAUUGCUUGCCCAGGCUCAGGGUGCCAUUGGCGGUGGCAGUCGAUCUUUCUAUGCCGCUGCCCGCCUGUAUAACAGCGGAUCUGUCGACUAUAGCAACCUCAACAACGCAUUCACCAGCACUCGUUGCUAUGCUACUGAUGUUGCUAAUCGUCUUACUGGCUGGACUCUUGCUCCCAGCAGCUGCUGGUAA